GCCGAGUGGGGAAGGGGAGUGAGCAGAGGCGCUUACGUCGCGCGGGAGGCGGAGGCGACGACGACCUCGGUGGUGGUGGCGGCGGAGGCGGCUACGACGGAGACGGUUGCGCUCGCUCUCUCGGCGUCAUGGCGGCUGCCGGGAGCCGAUAAGCGGCGGGAGCGGGAGCGCGCGCGUGGCCGCGGCGACGACGACGGCUCGUUACUUCUCGCUUUUGCUGCCUUCGCCGUUGGUGCUUCAAUAAUGAAUUGAUUGUUGGAUCCGCUCCGCAGGGGAUCGCGCGUUGGUGCCGCGGCCCGGGGCUUCCCCUUCCCCUCCGCGUCCUUCCCCUUCCCCCUCCCCCUCGCGGACUCCGGCUUACCCCGAGACGCCCGGAGCCCGAGGACUCACUCGGCGGCGGAGACCGCGGGCCCGGGCGCGGGGGAGGCCGCUGAUCCGAGUGGGCUCUCUCCGCCCCGCGAAGCCUGCACGCCCGCCGGUGAAUCAAAAGGGCCCCAGGAAGCCUGUGAAUGUUGAAAAGAAUUCAUCUGUGAAUUUUUGAUGUUUAAGGAGUUCAUAUUUGUAUUCAUCUUUUUAACUGGGAAGAUUUGUGUUUUAUUUUAAAACUUCUUGAUAUUUACAAUGAAUGGACACAGCGAUGAAGAAAGUGUUAGAAACAGUAGUGGAGAAUCAAGCCAGUCGGAUGAUGAUUCUGGGUCAGCUUCAGGCUCUGGAUCUGGUUCAAGUUCUGGAAGCAGUAGUGAUGGAAGCAGUAGCCAAACAGGUAGCAGUGACUCUGAAUCUGGAUCUGAAUCGGGCAGUCAGUCAGAGUCUGAGUCAGACACUUCCCGAGAAAACAAAGUCCAAGCAAAACCACCGAAAGUUGAUGGAGCUGAGUUUUGGAAAUCUAGCCCUAGUAUUCUGGCUGUUCAGAGAUCUGCAAUGCUCAAGAAGCAGCAGCAGCAGCAGCAGCAUCAAGCUUCAUCUAAUAGUGGAUCAGAAGAGGAUUCUUCCAGCAGUGAAGAUUCUGAUGACUCAUCAAAUGAAGUCAAAAGGAAAAAACAUAAAGAUGAAGAUUGGCAAAUGUCUGGGUCAGGAUCUCCAUCUCAAUCUGGCUCAGAUUCAGAAUCUGAAGAAGAAAGAGAUAAAAGCAGUUGUGAUGAAACAGAAUCUGAUUAUGAGCCAAAAAACAAAGUUAAAAGCAGGAAACCUCAAAAUAGAUCUAAGGCAAAAAAUGGAAAGAAAAUUCUUGGACAAAAAAAGAGACAGCUUGAUUCAUCUGAGGAGGAGGAUGAUGAAGAAGAUUAUGAUAAUGAUAAAAGAAGUUCUCGUCGCCAAGCAACUGUCAAUGUUAGCUAUAAAGAAGAUGAAGAAAUGAAAACAGAUUCCGAUGACCUACUGGAAGUCUGUGGAGAGGAUGUUCCUCAACCUGAGGAAGAGGAAUUUGAAACAAUAGAACGUUUUAUGGAUUGCCGGAUUGGGAGAAAAGGAGCUACUGGUGCUACUACAACCAUCUAUGCAGUUGAAGCAGAUGGUGACCCAAAUGCAGGAUUUGAAAAAAACAAGGAACCAGGAGAGAUCCAGUAUUUAAUUAAAUGGAAAGGAUGGUCCCAUAUCCACAAUACUUGGGAGACAGAAGAAACCCUUAAGCAGCAGAAUGUUAGAGGAAUGAAAAAAUUGGAUAAUUAUAAGAAAAAAGAUCAGGAGACAAAAAGAUGGUUGAAAAAUGCUUCUCCAGAAGAUGUGGAAUAUUAUAAUUGCCAGCAAGAACUUACAGAUGAUCUACACAAACAGUAUCAAAUAGUGGAACGAAUAAUUGCUCAUUCCAAUCAGAAGUCAGCAGCUGGUUAUCCCGAUUAUUAUUGCAAAUGGCAGGGCCUUCCAUACUCAGAGUGCAGCUGGGAGGAUGGAGCCCUAAUUUCCAAAAAGUUUCAAGCAUGCAUAGAUGAGUAUUUUAGCAGGAAUCAAUCAAAAACCACUCCUUUUAAAGAUUGCAAAGUAUUAAAACAAAGGCCAAGAUUUGUAGCCCUAAAGAAGCAGCCAUCCUACAUUGGAGGACAUGAGAGUUUAGAAUUAAGAGAUUAUCAACUGAAUGGUUUAAAUUGGCUUGCUCAUUCUUGGUGCAAAGGAAAUAGUUGCAUACUUGCUGAUGAAAUGGGCCUUGGAAAAACAAUACAGACGAUCUCAUUUCUGAACUAUUUGUUUCAUGAGCAUCAAUUAUAUGGACCUUUUCUGUUAGUGGUACCACUCUCCACUCUUACUUCCUGGCAAAGGGAAAUUCAGACAUGGGCUUCUCAGAUGAAUGCUGUGGUCUAUUUAGGUGACAUUAACAGCAGAAAUAUGAUAAGAACUCAUGAAUGGAUGCAUCCCCAGACCAAACGGUUAAAAUUUAAUAUACUUUUAACAACUUAUGAAAUUUUAUUGAAGGAUAAGGCAUUCCUUGGAGGUCUGAAUUGGGCGUUUAUAGGUGUAGAUGAAGCACAUCGAUUAAAGAAUGAUGACUCUCUUCUGUAUAAAACUUUAAUAGACUUUAAAUCCAAUCACCGUCUCCUUAUUACUGGAACUCCUCUACAGAACUCCCUUAAAGAGCUGUGGUCUUUGCUACAUUUCAUUAUGCCAGAAAAGUUUUCUUCCUGGGAAGAUUUUGAAGAAGAACAUGGAAAAGGCAGAGAAUAUGGUUAUGCAAGCCUCCACAAGGAGCUUGAACCAUUUCUGUUACGCAGAGUUAAAAAAGAUGUGGAAAAAUCUCUUCCUGCCAAGGUUGAGCAGAUUUUAAGAAUGGAAAUGAGUGCUUUACAGAAACAGUAUUACAAAUGGAUAUUAACUAGGAAUUACAAAGCCCUCAGCAAAGGUUCCAAGGGCAGUACCUCAGGCUUUUUGAACAUUAUGAUGGAGCUAAAGAAAUGUUGUAACCAUUGCUACCUCAUUAAACCACCAGAUAAUAAUGAAUUCUAUAAUAAACAGGAGGCCUUACAACACUUAAUCCGUAGUAGCGGAAAAUUGAUUCUUCUUGACAAACUGUUAAUUCGCCUAAGAGAACGAGGCAAUAGAGUUCUUAUUUUUUCUCAAAUGGUGCGGAUGUUAGACAUACUUGCAGAAUAUUUGAAAUACCGUCAAUUCCCCUUUCAAAGAUUAGAUGGAUCAAUAAAAGGGGAGCUGAGAAAACAAGCACUAGAUCAUUUUAAUGCUGAAGGAUCAGAGGAUUUCUGCUUUUUGCUUUCCACAAGAGCUGGAGGUCUAGGAAUUAAUUUAGCCUCUGCUGAUACUGUUGUUAUAUUUGAUUCCGAUUGGAAUCCACAAAAUGAUCUUCAGGCACAGGCUAGAGCUCAUCGAAUUGGGCAGAAGAAACAGGUGAAUAUUUAUCGUCUAGUUACUAAGGGAUCAGUUGAAGAGGAUAUUCUUGAAAGGGCCAAAAAGAAGAUGGUUUUAGAUCAUCUUGUGAUUCAGAGAAUGGACACAACUGGGAAGACAGUACUACAUACAGGUUCUGCCCCGUCAAGUUCUACUCCUUUCAAUAAAGAAGAAUUAUCAGCUAUCUUAAAGUUUGGUGCUGAGGAACUUUUUAAGGAACCUGAAGGAGAGGAACAAGAACCCCAGGAAAUGGAUAUAGAUGAAAUCUUGAAGAGGGCUGAAACUCAUGAAAAUGAACCAGGCCCUUUAACUGUAGGAGACGAAUUGCUUUCCCAGUUCAAGGUUGCCAACUUUUCAAAUAUGGAUGAGGAUGACAUUGAGUUGGAACCAGAAAGAAAUUCAAAGAAUUGGGAGGAAAUAAUUCCUGAAGAUCAACGAAGACGAUUAGAAGAGGAAGAAAGACAAAAGGAACUUGAAGAAAUUUAUAUGCUCCCAAGAAUGAGAAACUGUGCAAAACAGAUUAGUUUUAAUGGAAGUGAAGGGAGGCGCAGUAGAAGUAGGAGAUAUUCUGGAUCUGAUAGUGACUCGAUCUCAGAAAGGAAAAGGCCAAAGAAACGUGGAAGACCACGGACUAUCCCUCGGGAGACUAUCAAAGGAUUUAGUGAUGCAGAAAUUCGGCGGUUUAUCAAGAGUUACAAGAAGUUUGGUGGCCCUCUGGAAAGAUUAGAUGCAAUUGCUCGGGAUGCUGAAUUAGUUGAUAAGUCAGAGACCGACCUCAGACGACUAGGAGAAUUGGUACAUAACGGUUGCAUUAAAGCUCUAAAGGAUAAUUCUUCAGGAACAGAACGAACAGGUGGUAGACUUGGAAAAGUGAAGGGUCCAACAUUCCGAAUAUCAGGAGUACAGGUGAAUGCCAAGCUCGUCAUCUCCCAUGAAGAAGAAUUGAUACCAUUGCAUAAAUCCAUUCCUUCAGAUCCAGAAGAAAGAAAACAGUAUACUAUCCCAUGCCAUACAAAGGCAGCUCAUUUUGAUAUAGACUGGGGCAAAGAAGAUGAUUCCAAUUUGUUAAUUGGUAUCUACGAAUAUGGAUACGGAAGCUGGGAAAUGAUUAAAAUGGAUCCUGACCUCAGUCUAACACACAAGAUUCUUCCAGAUGAUCCUGAUAAAAAACCACAAGCAAAGCAGUUGCAGACACGUGCAGACUACCUCAUCAAAUUACUUAGUAAAGAUCUUGCAAGAAAAGAAGCUCAGAGACUUUCUGGUGCAGGAGGUUCAAAGAGGAGAAAAGCAAGAGCUAAGAAGAAUAAAGCAUUGAAGUCUAUAAAAGUGAAAGAAGAAAUAAAGAGUGAUUCUUCACCCUUGCCCUCAGAGAAGUCUGAUGAAGAUGAUGAUAAGGAUGAGAUCACUUCUGUGAAACAUCCAAAUAAAAAAAUUAAAACAGAAAGAGACAGUGAAGAAAGACCUGAGCCAGAUGUUUUUAUAAAGAAGGAAUCAGAAGAAAAGAGGGAAGCAAAAGAAAAAGAGAAUAAAAGAGAACUUAAAAGGGAGAUAAAAGAAAAAGAGGAUAAGAAAGAUUUAAAGGAAAAAGAUUUUAAAGAGAAAAGAGAAAACAAAGUAAAAGAAGCUAUACAGAAAGAAAAAGACAUAAAGGAAGAAAAGUUGAGUGAAUCCAAGUCUGAUAGCAAGGAAAGAUCCAAGAAAUCUUCAGUGUCAGAUGCUCCAGUUCAUAUCACAGCAAGUGGUGAACCAGUUCCCAUAUCUGAAGAAUCUGAAGAGCUAGAUCAGAAGACAUUCAGCAUUUGUAAAGAAAGAAUGAGGCCUGUCAAAGCAGCUUUGAAACAACUUGAUAGGCCUGAAAAAGGCCUUUCAGAAAGAGAACAACUGGAGCAUACUAGACAGUGUUUAAUAAAAAUUGGAGACCAUAUCACAGAAUGUCUGAAAGAGUAUACAAAUCCUGAACAAAUCAAGCAGUGGAGAAAAAACCUGUGGAUAUUUGUAUCUAAGUUUACGGAGUUUGAUGCAAGAAAAUUACAUAAGUUAUAUAAGCAUGCUAUUAAAAAACGGCAGGAAUCUCAGCAAAAUAAUGACCAGAACAGCAGCCUGAAUGCUCAAGUAAUUAGAAAUCCAGAUGUGGAAAGAUUAAAAGAGAAUACAAAUCACGAUGAUAGCAGCAGGGACAGUUAUUCAUCUGAUAGACACUUAUCUCAGUAUCAUGAUCAUCAUAAAGACCGACAUCAGGGAGAUUCUUACAAAAAGAGUGACUCUAGGAAAAGACCCUAUUCUUCCUUUAGUAAUGGCAAAGAUCAUCGUGACUGGGAUCAUUACAAGCAAGAAAGCAGGUAUUAUAGUGAUAGAGAGAAACACAGAAAACUGGAUGAUCACAGGAGUAGAGAUCACAGGUCAAAUUUGGAAGGAAGUUUAAAGGACAGAUCUCAUUCUGAUCAUCGUUCUCAUUCAGACCAUCGGUUGCAUUCAGACCAUCGGGCAAGUUCUGAAUAUACACACCAUAAAUCUUCCAGGGAUUAUAGAUAUCACUCAGAUUGGCAGAUGGACCACAGAGCUUCCAGUAGUGGCCCCAGAUCACCACUAGAUCAGAGGUCUCCUUAUGGCUCCAGAUCUCCAUUUGAACACUCAGUUGAACACAAAAGUACACCUGAGCAUACCUGGAGUAGUCGGAAAACAUAACAAAAACUGAUACUUUUUGUCUUUCUGGACUUUUCUUUUAGCCAUAUAUCAUAAACCAACACAGUAAUUGCCUUACAUGACUUGAAAGAUAUAAACAGAUCUUCUAUCAGUAGCAGUAUUGUUACUUCUUUCCAGGAUGCAAGGUCUAUUAUCCCAACAGAAGAGAAAAUAUUUUUAUAUUUAAGGAUUAUGCUGCACUGUACUACAAAUACUGUAGUACUUUUUUUUUUUCUUUUUUAAAGAAAUGGAAAAUGUUUACUAUUACAGGGACCUCAACACUGCCCUUCCAUAUAGGCUGGAUAAAACUGUUUUUAAGUCAGUGAUUUUAGACUGACCUCCAUUUAAAUUAUGUUUGUAUAUGAACUUUACUCUGACCUGUGAUCAUGUUUCAGGAAGGAAUGAAAGAGAGUUCUUUUCUUAAUAAAGAAAAAACACUCAAGGACUUUGUUCACUUUCCAAAGCUACUUGUUUACAUUGUACACUGCGACCACCUUGCCGCUUUUCAUCACAAGCUUGAAUAUUUAAAUUCUGUACUUAUAUCUGUAAAAUAGCCAGGAAUUUCCUGUUUGUGAUCUGUUAUUAUGCCUUUUUACACAUACACACACACAUGGCUGUAAAUAUUGUAAAUGGAUUAAAUGAGCUUUCCUUCCUUUCCCUGCUCAGGCUUUUUUUGACUGUUCCUUUCCCUACCAACUCAGGCCUUCUUAUCAUUUAAAAAAAAUUAUCAGUGUAAUAACACUUUUUAAUGAUUUGUCUUGAUGGAAUCAUUGUUUAGAAUGUAAAAAAUGGGGAAAGGGGCCACUUAAUUCCAUUAGUCUCUUUUUAUAUUGACUAUUUUAUUAGAUAAAUGUUAUUUCUUUCAUUUUUUCUUUUUUAGUAAAUAUUGUGUUUGUAGUAACAAAAUGGUGAGAUAUGUAAAAUCUAAACUGCAUGCUCUGGAAACAUUUUUUUCAGAUGCAUUUGGUUUAAAAGGGUAGGUGUAUGAACACUUUUCAGAAUCCAAAAUGGCCAAAAGUUAUUGUAAAAUCCAUUUGUUUUCCCUUUUCAUGUGGGCAAUAAUGUCAAAUGUGCUAUGCAGCCAGGUAACAUUUUAGAUAAACUUGAUUGACUUUUAAUAUAAACUGUUACAAUGCACACUGAUUGUAUAUAAAAACCUUAUAUAUGACAAAUUAAAUUUAAGAAAAAGGAUAUGUGGGCUCCUGUAAUUUUCUGCUGCAUUCUUACUCGCUCAAGCACUUAACUUUUUUUUUUUUUUUUUUUUUAAGUAGUAACGUUUAGCUACCAGGCAAAAGGUAUUUUGGUAAGCAGUUGAAUAUUAAGUGUGUGGCACUACAAAACUAAGUCUAUUUUAAAGACUAUAUGAAUCUAUGAAGUAAAAUUAGAUCAUAGAAAUCUUUGUUGGUUUCCUGCAGAUUUUAUUUCAGAAUGCCUUAUAUUUAUUCACAGAUUUUUAUUUUGUUAUAUUCAGUGGGGAUUUUUGAACUGUGACACAUUCUUGGAUGUGCGCUGUGAUGUAACAAAUUUGAAUCUAACUUUGACAAAUAUAAGUAUAUUGGUAUAUGCCUAUAAUAGUCUUUAAAGUGUCCCAUGUUGAUUAACUGUGGGAAUAAUCUACAGAAAUUGUCCAUAGAUUGAUGUAUUUUUUUAAACAUUUUAAUUUUCUCCAUUAAAGUCUAAAAUUUUAUGUGAACAAGCUUUCCUUUUUUUUUUUUUUUUUUGUGAUCCCUCUUUUAGUUACGUGAAGAACGAUAAUCUGUUUUUUUCCUGGCAUAUCAGAUAACAUAGGAACACUAACUCAAUUUUUAAAUGUCAAUUUAUAAUUAAAUUUAAAAGUGAUAAACAGUGCCGGUACACAUUUUUAAGCUUUUCCACUUUUUCCACAUUUAAUGUAAAUGAUUAUUCCACAAGAUAGCAUUUAACACAACAAGAUAAUGCUUAACGAAGUUAUAAUAUUGACAUAGUAAAAAGAUCAGGUUGCAUUUUUAAUUCAUCACUUUGUAGCUGGGAUAUUUGCAUUAUAUCCUAUUAUACAAAAUAUCAUAGAAGAACAAUACUACAUUUUUGAGGCAAUGGAAUGGGCUCUUAACAAUGCCAUAUUUAGUUGAAUAGAUCAAUCACCUAAUUAGCUGAGUUGAAUGGAAAACCUAAAACUGUAUGUAACAUUAAUUGAUGGAAAAUAUGUUCAUUAUUUGUAAAAAGUCAGCAAUCAUGUAGAAGAGGAACAAGCCAUAAACUUACUAAGACACAAUGGAGAAGAACAUUGGUACAUAGAUAUAACAGGGAACAUUCUCUAUAAAAUAUGCUUAAAUUUUGUCUAUUACAUGCUCAUUCUGCUUUGCUAUUUAUAUCCAUUUGUGUUUAAAUUUUUAAGGGUGAGAGAUUAUGCAUAGUACUGUACCAAUUAACCCUCCACUUUAAUAAUAUACAAUAAAUGAUUUCUUAUUA